GAAUGGACAUAUUUGUAGAUGAGGCUAGUAAAAAUUCACGUUAUGAAAAAGUUUGUUAUCUUGGUGAAGGUCAAUUCGCUAAUGUAUUUCUUGCACAAGACAACAAUAGAAAUGGACAGUUAGUUGCAAUUAAAAAGGUGAAUAAUAUCUGCAUUGUGAUCAUUUUUACUAUUACUUAUUAUUAUUACUGUUGUUAUAAUGUAUACAGACUACAUAGAAGCUGUAAUAAAGCUUUAAUAGCGUGACCAUCGAAAAAAAAACACCGCUGGAAUUUACGUAAACUCGGGGGAUUGGUGGUGGUGAAAGCAGGUCCUCGUUGGGUAUUGGCUGAUGGUAUGAAUUUAUCAGCUAUACGUGAAAUUAAAAUACUCAAAGAAAUUGAUCAUCCAAAUGUUCUCAGCUUACUCGAUGUUUUCAGUCAAGAUAGAUGUAUAUGCUUAGUGUUUGAUUUUAUGUCAUCGGAUUUAGAGGCAUUAGUUCACGAUCCAACAGUCAUUUUAAUACCAGCACAUAUCAAGGCUUUAAGUCUACAGCUUCUUCGUGGCGUAGAAUACUUACACUCUAAUUGGAUACUUCAUCGAGAUUUGAAACCGAACAAUCUGUUUCUUAGUUCACAGGGUAAAGUGAAAAUAGGCGAUUUUGGUUUAGCUCGUCAAUUUGCUAAUUCACCAAAACGACCAAUGACACAUCAAGUGGCUACUCGUUGGUAUCGUGCUCCUGAAUUAUUCUAUGGUUGUACAUCUUAUGGUGUUGGUAUUGAUAUAUGGGCAGUUGGUUGUAUUAUAGCUGAAUUUUUACUCAGAACUCCACUAUUCCCAGGCGAAUGUGAUUUAACUCAGUUAGCAAAAAUAUAUGAAAUAACUGGAACCCCUAACGAUGAAUGUUGGCCUGAUGUCUAUCGUUUACCAAAUUAUGUAAAAUUUGAAACACGACGCGGGAUCCCCUUCUCACAGAUAUUCACAGCUGCUAGUACAGAAUUAAUAACUUUACUAGAGACGCUAUUACAUUUAAAUCCAGAUUGUCGAGGAACUGCAUCCACCGCCUUGAAAUCACCGUAUUUUACAUCGAAACCAUAUCCUACACCAGAAAGUGAAUUACCUCAGCCUAAAGUGAAUCGAACUGUCGCCACUCUAUUGCAUCAACAUGAACAUCAACGUGGACUGUAUAAUCCAAUUGAUCCAGGUCUGGCGAAAUCUACACCAUCUGAUAAAAAGAUACCUAGUCCGAAUUUAGAAGCAAUGGAUAAGGAUACACCAUUUGUAAAGAAACGUAAAAUGACGACUGCUGUAAGAGAAGCUGAAUUCGACAGUCCAUCAAUGCCUACUAAACGGAGACAUUUGUAAAAAACAAAAUGUACAUUUUGACUUUUUUGUUUUACUGUAUAGGAUGACUUUAAACAACACACCGUACCGCAUACUACCUCCCAGCCUCUCCUGACAGUAGUAGUAACCUUCUACUUCCUUUCUAAAGGUUUCUUGUACAUUAUUAUUCAGUUUGUUGUAUUUUAAAACAAAAAUAGACAAAUGAUUUGAAUGCUUCGAA